UGUUGAGUGAUUAUGUGUUACUUGUUACUUCCAAUCGUUAACUUCAGCAGAAGUUGUAAAUGUGAUUUAUUAAUUUUAAGAUUUUAAUUCAAGGACAGUCUUGUCAGUGCUGUGCAGUAACUCAGUUGUGAAUAAUGUGCAAAUAAUAAUAUGUUUUAUAUAUAAACAUGUGUUAUCUUGAGUUCAACAUAUUCCCGCUUCUACAGUCAACAGAUACAGUGCACAAAAAUGUUAAAAAUAUAUUUAAUUUGUUUGUCUUACUUGUUCAUGUUAUACUUGGAGAGUGCACAAUGCGACCCUCAGUACUGGUUCAACAUGGAUGUGAAUGGUUGGCUCAAAGUGCACACGAUACCCGCCACAUGGGAGGAAGCAUUCCUUCGAUGCCACUAUGAAGGUGCUGUGCUUGCGUCUCCGUUGACUCAACAACUGAGUAAAGCUCUUGAACACAAAUUUUCAGUUAUCAGUCAGCAAUCAAUCCACUUAGGGACACACGAUUUGUACUCUAAUGGUGACUACUUUUCAGUAGAAGGAAUUCCAUUGGACAGCUUGGUACUGAAAUGGAGUAAUUUCAGAGGUACGGGCGACUGCCUGGCGAUGUCACGCGACGGCCGAGCGUUUAUCACGAAAUGCAUGGAACCUCGGCCCUACAUCUGUUACAAGAAGCUGGACAAUCUGACGAUGAACAUUUGUGGAACAUUUGAUGAUGCAUAUCAAUUCUACGAUAAGACUGGGAGUUGUUAUAAGAGACACGACGAGUAUAGGACUUGGACCGACGCGUUUAAGAUAUGUGCUGCCGAAGGAGGUUACCUGCUUAUUCUAAACGAUGCCACAGAGGCUGCCAUCGUCAGGGAAAUGUUCCCUGUACGGACAGGAAAAGCAAACGAAUGGGAGAACUUCCACGUGGGGCUGCGGGCUUGGGGGCCUGAACGUACUUGGAUCACUAUCCAUGGCGAAAGAAUAGAAGAUGUGUUCCAUGAUUGGAACCCAGGACAGCCGGAUAACUACCAGGGAGUGCAGAACGUUGGCGCUUUACUUCGACUUGGCACUUUAGAUGAUCACUCCAUAGAUAAAAAAUCUAUGUUCGUUUGUGAGAAGGAUCCGAAAAUAAAACGCUUCGAAGAGCUACCCGAAGGUUUGGCAGAAAUUUUAGGACAAUAAGCCGCUCGUCAUAAAUUGUCCUUAUACUUUUCUAUAACAAAAAAGCUUUAAUUGAUUGCAAAAUUUAAUAAAUUGUAAACAUUA